AGUCGCGUAAAGCUUCGCGUAAAGGCGAUGCGAAAACAGUCAUUUCUUGUCCGUCUGCCGCAUACCCGGCUUGGCAAAGUGUUCAAAAAUACCAUAAGCAUCUAUCGGAAUUGUUAAGAAAAUACUUAAAAUUAUAGAAAUCAUGCGGCGACUUAUUCAUGCAGCCUUAUUGCUCAAUGUAUUACUUUUUACAAAUGCAAUAGACAUCUACUAUGACGAAGAGUUAGCUAAUAUGGAAGAUGAACCGCACAGCGCAGUCAAUAACAUUGAGGAAAACCUUCCAAGCUUUAGGACCGCGCGUAUACUUUGGCCAUACCCUUUUAACAACAGAAGCGAUCCUAAUAAGGGCGGUAAUGAGACGCCCGAAGCAGCGGAUAUGAGACUUCAUCUGUCUAAACUUAAGAGCCAAAAUAGAAAAGCACGUUUCGGUUUCUGGUCGUACCCUCAAAGUCCGAUAGUUGAUAUGAUGUUACAAACUGUAGCGGUAAACUACUCUCCCACGAAUGCAAAUGAUCCCUUCGAUUUUUUGCGAGAUUCGUAUCCAUUGCCUAAAGGUUUAAGUCAAUCCUUUGAAGAAUAUGAUUAUGUGAUAGUAGGGGCUGGCUCUUCUGGAUCAGUUUUAGCAUCUCGCCUAACUGAAGAUAAACCUAGAGCAACAGUACUUUUGCUGGAAGCUGGAAGACCCGAAAUGUUGAUCUCUGAUAUACCAGCUCUGACUCAAUAUCUUCAACAAACUGAUUACGUAUGGCCGUACACAAUGGAACAUCAACCUGGAGUUUGUUUAGGUAGUGAAGAGCAACGCUGCUACAUGCCACGUGGUAAAGCCGUCGGUGGAUCGAGUGUUACUAACAGCAUGUUGUACACAAGAGGCCGGCCACAAGAUUGGGACAAAAUCGCUGCAGAUGGAAACUAUGGAUGGUCCUAUAACGAAGUUCUGGAAUUCUUUAUCAAGUCUGAGAGGGCGGAACUAAAAAAAUAUAAAAAUGCACCAUACCAUGGUCGUGAUGGAGAACUUGUUGUUGAAAAUGUUCCAUUUAAAACUGGCCUUGUCGAAGCUUUUCUCGCAGCUGGGAGAGAUUUCGGUCACCCUACUAUAGAUUAUAACGAUCCAGACCAAUUAGGUUUUGGCUAUGUGCAAACUGUUUCUAAUAAAGGUCACAGACUGAGUGCUGCGAAGGCUUUUCUUCAUCAACAUAAACGACGCAAGAAUUUGCACAUUCUCACUGAAGCGAGGGCUACCAAAGUUUUAGUGGAUUCCCAAUCUAAAAAAGCAUAUGCUGUUGAAUACAUUAAAAAUCAUAUAAAACGCACCGUGCGCUGCAGAAGAGAAAUUAUUCUUUCAGCAGGACCAAUCGGAUCACCUCAGUUACUAAUGUUAUCAGGAAUAGGACCUCAAGAACAUUUGCAAACACUGGGAAUACCAGUCAUUGCUGAUAGAAAAGUUGGUCGCAGUCUGUACGAUCAUGUCAGCUUUCCUGGCGUUGUGUUUAAACUUAACAGUACAAAUGCAAGUCUUUUGGAACCGAAAGUUGCAACUUUGCCAAAUCUCAUGCAGUGGUUGCAGUUUGGUGAUGGCCUCUUGUCAUCACCUGGUGGGAUGGAAGCAAUUGGAUACUUAAAAACUUCUCUUUCCGAUGGCCCUGUACCAGACAUAGAAUUAGCUAGCAUUGGUGGUUCGCUUACAUUAGAUUCAGGUGGUGCUAUUCGAAAAAGUUGGAAAAUUACUGAUAAGACUUACUUUAACGCCUUUGGAUCACUGAGUGGUACCGACACUUGGCAAGCUGUACCAACACUUUUACACCCGAAGUCAAAAGGCCACUUAGAGUUAAGAGAUACGAGCCCGUUUUCUCAUCCAAAAUUAUUUGGUAAUUAUUUAAGUGACCCUAACGACUUGGCCAUUUUGAAAGAAGCUGUUAAGUACAUAAUUAAGUUGGGAGAAUCGCAGCCAUUUAGAAAAUAUGAUGCUUCCUUGUACUUGGCUCCAUAUCCAUCUUGUUCUGCACAUCCUGUUGGAUCGGAACAGUACUGGGAAUGCGCUAUAAGAACAAUGAUUGUAUCUGCUCGGGAUCCAAUAGCUACGUGCAAAAUGGGGCCACAAACUGAUCCUGAUGCGGUAGUAGAUCCUGAAUUGAAAGUAUAUGGCGUUGAAAGAUUAAGAAUAGUGGAUGCUAGUAUUAUUCCUCGAACUCUCAGUGGACGAACGAAUGCUGCUGAGGUCAUGAUUGGUGAAAAGGCAGCAAAUAUGAUAAGAAACACUUGGUCUAAUUCGAUAGCGUAAUAUUUAUUUUAAGAAAUAGAAAUAGUAUAUAUAAUAAUAAACGUUCCUAAAUAAUC